AUAGGCAGAUACUGCCCCAAAGUGUGGGGAAAAGUAUGAGGAAUUUGGUAUAGGUACUUUUCACGACGGGUUUUGUGACACAAUUCGCGCCUCACGGGUUGGCAACAUUGCAGCUUGCGGGCCUGCGGCGGUGUACUGGUAUUAGACGUGUCACUGGCGCUGGUAGUAGAGGUAUACACUCAGUACAGUGCUACCCUCAUUCUACCUUCACGUUCCUUCGGACGCACAGUCAAGUUGACUCCCGACUUAACCACUCAAAAUCGCUCGUAUAUUGAUGGCUUUGCUCAAGUACUUCAAGAAACCCGGUGUUACUGAUGAACUACGACCUGAGGAACUGGAUAAAAGGCAAACAACAAGUGAUGAAAAUGGACAGGAAGAUCACCCAACUGGAUCAGUUUUACCAACACCGAAGAAUGGCGGUGAAACGAGCUUCAAGCAAAAAAGGCAUCAUCCAUCAAGUACGUCCAUUCAAUUGAAAUCAAAGCGAAGGAAGUGGAAUAAUGACUAUGUGAAGUAUGGAUUUUAUUUGCCAAAUGAAGAGGAGCAGAAUCCUUAUCCAGCUACUCAGUGUCUCUUCUGUUCUGCGAAGUAUAAAAAUUCAAAUCUUGUACCUUCCAAGCUACUGUCCCAUCUCAAAAUGCAACACAGUGAGCAUAAAAAUAAGUCAAAGGAGUUCUUUGAAGCAACUCGAGCUGAACUCAAAAAGCAACAACGCUCCUUCGAUAGCAUUAUGGUCCAUCAAGAAAAGGAAGAGAAGUCCCUUCUAAUGACAUCAAUGGAAAUAGCACAUAUACUUAUGAAAAAUAAGAAACCUUUCACUUUAGCUGAGACAGUCAUUCUUCCAUGCUUAGAAAUAGCUGCCCAGCAUCUUCAUGGAGGCAAGAAACCACGUGAUAAGGUUCGGAGUAUUCCACUUUCAGACUCCUCAAUGAAACGUCGAUCUGUGGCAGUCGCUGAAGAUUUGAAGGAUCAGCUACUUACAAGGCUCAGGGCAGCACCCUGGUUUGGUUUGCAGUUCGAUGAAACCACUGACAUUGUAAAUGUUGCUCAACUUUUAGCUUACUGCCGCUUUCCUGACAGUCAGUCCAAGAAAAUUGUAGAACAUUUCCUAUUUUGUUUACCACUAGGUGUGCAGACAACAGCAGAGGAAAUAUUCACCAAGAUAAAUGAGUUUAUGGUCAAGAAUAAUCUGAGCUGGAAAAAAUUGGCUGCCAAGAAUUUACUGUCAAAUGUGGGGAAAAGUGAUUUUGACGAAAUCAUCAGUGAUGUGGUAAAGAUAGUGAAUAAUAUCCGUGCAAAAGCAAAAAAGAGUCGCAUGUUUGAACAGCUUUGCAAGGAAAUGGAUGCAGAAUUUUCUAAGCUCCUACUUCAUGCAGAAGUUCGUUGGCUGUCUUGUGGCAAAGUGUUGAACAGAUUUCUAACACUAAGAGAAGAAGUGUGUGUAUUUCUGACAGAAGAAGAAGACGAAAGGGCUGUCAAGCUCCAGGACAACUACUGGAUUGCCAGAUUAUCAUACAUGGCUUCUAUCUUUGAGAAACUGAAUCAAUUAAACCUAUCCCUUCAAGGCUUUGGUGGGGAUAUUUUUGAUGUCACUGGCAAGAUUGAAGCUUUCAAGUUAAAGAUUGGGUUAUGGAAAAGAAAAGUUGAAACUAAGGACUUCGCUAAUACCAGAUUAGCCAAUCUGGAAUCAUUGACACCUACUUUGCUAGAACUGUCCACUGAUUUUGCACAGAAGUCAUCAUUCCAUGAAUUCUCCUACUAUGGAGAUUUCUGGUGCUCACUUUUAGGAAUUCCAGAGUACCAAGAACUUGCACGAAUGGCCAUGACUUAUCUAGUGCGGAUGCCAACAACAUAUCUGGCAGAGAAAGGCUUCUCUAAUCUGGUGGAUAUUAAAACAAAAAAGCGAAACCAGUUACAAGAUGUGGAUUCUCUGAUGAGGGGGGCACUGGAAAGUGAAAUAAAACCUCGCUUUGAAAAGAUUGUUGGAACAAUGCAGCAGCAACCCAGCCACUGA